UGCAUAAUUAUUUAUUAAAAAUGACUUCAUUGCAGAAAUUCGAUGGAAUAGAAGAAUUGAAACAAUCUAGCUUGAUUGAUGAUAAUGAGAAAGGAUCUGCUUCUGGAAAUAACCUACUUUCAAAGUCGGUUACAAUGAUGAAGUCUAUUUCUUUGGAUCCUCAUAAGAACUUGCCAGAGCAAAAUGCUCUGAUUGGGUAUUGAUUAAUGAUGGUGGCUCUAGUAGGUAUGACAAUGCAGCACUUGUUCUCAAAGAUGGCCUUCUUUUAUAACCCGAAGCUGACUAGUUAUGAUGCAAUGUUCACAAUGGGACUCUUUAUUUGGCCAAUAUUCUUGGUCUUGAAUUGGUAUUUGGAUAAACCUUUUAAUAUAUUAAAAUUCGAGAGGAAGCAACAAAUUAUGCUAAUAGUCAGUGUAUUAUUUUCAAUAUUGGUUAACUUUUGAGUGCUGAGUGGAAUAGCUCUGAUUUCUAUUACUCAAAGUACUCUGAUAUUCCACCUCAAUCCACUAUUUUGUAUUGUGUUAUCCUUUAUUAUUUUGAGAGAGAAAACAGACUAUCUUUCCAUUCUUUUCACUUUUGGCGCCUUUGGAGGGAUUUGAUUGUUGACAUUAAGUAAGAAUAACACAAAUAAUGGUGAAAAUGCUCAUGAAUUUUUAGGUAUUACCUUUAUACUUCUUUCUGCAUGGCUGCAAGCCUCAAUAAUGGUUUUGUCAAGGAUGAUGGGCAUUAGCAACAUUCAUUUCUUGCUGAGAUCGGUAUAUAGCUCGAUCGGAUUUCUAGUAUUUUCAUUAUUCAUAUGGCUCUUGGUCCCUUAUAAAAUCCAAUUUCCGAACUACACAACGUCAGAUCUAUUACUAUUAUUCCUGAGUGCAAUGGGGGUUGCAUUACGUCAGCCCUUAAUCUCACUUGCGAUGAUGUAUCACAACUCCUCGAGGUUAGCCCCUGUAAACUACAUUGAGAACAUAUUCACUCUAUGAGCUGAUUUCUUCCUGUUCAAGCAUGUGUUCGUGACAACUGAGUAUAUAGGAAUGGGGAUUAUCCUGGUGUGCCUGCUAGUUCCAGCUAUUAUACAGAUUAAGAAAGAUAAUUAA